AUGGGCACGCACCCACAGGAGAGUUUCAGGGUGCCAUGCGUCAUUAAAGCCAUCCUUCAGGUCCUUAAAAAUGUUCCAGCUUUUGUUUAAGAAUCAGGUCUUCGAUCUCCAUUUAAGGGGAAAUGCCAACCCUGUUUUGCUGCAUUGGAAACGAUGCUCUUUAAAUGACUCUCUAGUGGUUGGAAGCAGUCACCAUUUAUAACAUUUGGAUUAAUUGUAUUGAUACAUAUUUAACAAAAAUAAGACUGUUAAAGAGCGCCAAGGAAUGCAGAUAUUAUUUGGAUACUGACAGUCUUGAGUGCUUUCUCUCUUGAGGAUUCUGGCACCUCCUGCGACACCUUUUUGAAGACAUCAGGUGGUGGCUUUUGUGCACAGAUCACAGAAAUCUGUGAAGCUCCUAAGUUGUCUCCAUAGUUCCAUCUUUCUCCAGAUGUGUAGGAUCCAUAGUGUGUCCUGCAAAUCCUGAUAUGGUGGGACUCACAAGACGAAGGACCUUGUGGUGGCAUUCUGUAUUUCUGAAGCGGCGAGCAGGGAUGUGGCGCAGAGUGCAGGAGCUGGAGAUUGCGGGCGCGGGGUGACGGGAGAGCCGGUGCGCGGGUCUGUAACGGGUUCAGUGUGGGGCUGUGGGUUAUUGGGGUGACGGGAGAGCCGGUGCGCGGGUCUGUAACGGGUUCAGUGUGGGGCUGUGGGUUAUUGGGGUGACGGGAGAGCCGGUGCGCGGGUCUGUAACGGGUUCAGUGUGGGGCUGUGGGUUAUUGGGGUGACGGGAGAGCCGGUGCGUGGGUCUGUAACGGGUUCAGUGUGGGACUGUGGGUUAUUGGGGUGACGGGAGAGCCAGUGUGCGGGUCUGUAACAGGUUCAGUGUGGGACUGUGGGUUAUUGGGGUGACGGGAGAGCCGAUGCGCGGGUCUGUAACGGGUUCAGUGUGGGGCUGGGGGUAUUGGGGUGACUUGCUCCUGAUGGCUGUAUCUGGGCAGAACCAUGGGUGGGUUGGGAGCGGUGGAUGUAGGGGAUGCUUUUGCCUUUCCCAUGGUUUCUGUUGGCAUUUGCGCACCAGUCGUCUUCCUUUACUAUCAAGAGGAGUGGCAAAAACAGUUCUGUGGAUGUGCUUCUUCCCCAUGUAGACGGCCUUCACGUGAAAGCAGCAUGCUGGCUGCUGAAACGUGGGAAUUUUUGAUCUAUACCAGAAUACAUUUAGCAGAGCUCAUUUCCAUUACUUGUUUGGAUGCUGGAGAACUCUGUCUUUUCUGCCCUGGGAGUUUUGCCGCUAGUGGCAUCUUACCUGGCUAUCCGCUUCACCUGGAACGUGUGCGCUCGCUGGCCGCCUUCCCGCCGUGUGCCGGUGGCGCCGGGCUCCCCGGCUCUCGUCCUGGUGUGGCCGUGGCUGGUGCCCUCGCCUCUCCUCCUGACCAUCUCCUGCAGUUCUGCUUGCCCUCCCAGGUUCUUCCUUGGCUGGGGUUCAUUUUGAUCAAAGCGCAGCUUGGGGUACUCAGUCUUCUGUUGCUUAAAAGAGAUAAUAGGAGUUAUAACUUCAUUUUAACACCCCUGGUCCUGUAUCCUACCAAAUAAGAAUGUGCCGUCACAGCCGUUACCUUGAGUUUAUGUGUUGCUAGCUAUUGAGUUUUAUUUCCAUUUCUUGGAGUCUGAUUCUGCUCUAAUUUCAGGGAAAAGUGUCCUCUUCAAGUUACUUAUUUAUUAUUCGAUUUUCUUAUGGCAGGAUGCGCCUUUCUUUUUUCUCUUUUCCCCUCUUCCCUAGAAGAAGAAGAGGUAAAUAGAGGUGAAUAGUAGACAGAGAGAUGGUUUUUGCUCUGUGAACGCUGGGUGAACAGGAUGAAUCGCAGGGUUCCUAGGGGCAGGUCCUUUUGGGUUCACUUGAUCUUUCUGGAAACACACGUUCCUGCGCUAAGGUCGCUUCGCCCUGUGCUCCUGCGCACCUGGGUCUGCGCUUGUUCUCCUUGUUCUGCCUUGUUUGUCCCGACACCCUGAACGGUGACACCUCGUUAUGGGUAGAAAUCUCAGGUGUGACGCUUCAUUCUCCUCCUGCCUGAGUUCCUGACGGGUUGUCACACCUGUGGUCAGCGGCUCUUUCACAGGGGUUACAUUUCUGUCGGUUGUUUGUUUUUACGAUUCUUUGCUGCUGUUCUGUUCCGUCAGGGCCUUGCACAUUGUUCUUGUGGGAAGAGAGAAAAUCUUUUCCCCAAAGGCUCCAUCCUUUAUUUUGUCCUCUCUUCUUUUUUUGUGUGUGUGUGUUCCUCUCUGCUCUAUUUCUGGCACUUUUAUGGAUAAAUAUAGCUUUAAUCACCACAUUUGUGUUGAUUUGUCUCUUUAUUGAUGCGUUUUCUACUGUCCAGCAGUACAUUUCAGGCAGUCUUUAUGACGCCUCCCUCCGAGUGUCCAGCUGUUGCCGUAGAUUGUGUUGACCAAACCACGUUGGUGAUCUUCUGUUUCUUCUGUCCUCUGUCACCGGCCUCCCCGCGGGCUGGAGCCCUGAAACGCCUGUUACAGUUCCCUCGUUCCCUCGUUCCCCCUGCGCCCAUACCCCGUCAGGUCCCCCCGUCUCCGGGCAGGCGCGUGUGCAGAUGUUGCCACGGCUCUUGUCCAACAUCUGUCCUCUCGUGGCUCCGUCUUUUCCGGCGCCUCGUGCCGUCGACCUUGCCGGUGUCGUCCCCGCACAAGAAGCUGCUGAGAGGUUCGUUUUCUUGUGCUGUUUUGACCUCUUUAAUCUGCUUCUGCGUCCUCUUUCCAUUCCCACUUUAUCUCCCUUCCAAAACCAAUCUUCCUGCCUUUUGUACACAAGAUACACCUAUAAAGGUCUGUGUCCCUUUCUCAACCAUCAAGUCAUAUCUGUAUUUACAAUAUACUUGCUGUCACUUCAGAUUACUUUCUUUUUCCCAUAGCGAUCUUGUUCUUUGUCCUCUGUGCUGUGCUCAGGAAGCUCUUCCCGUUAAUAUAAGUCCUUAUCCAUAUUUAUUUUCUGCUAAUAUAUGUUUUUUUCAUAGUUCCUGCUAAUCUCUACAGCUUAAUAUUAGUUACACAUUGAGAUUGCUAAUUUAUACGAACCUCCGUAUCACUUACGUGGCUUCUUUGCUUGUCCUUAGUCGCCGUUUUGUCCAGUUAUCUGCGUCUCGGAUCCCGAGAAUUCUGCGUGGGUACAGACGCUGUUCUGUGAGGCGGCGUUUGUCGCGGCGGAAGGCGGGCUCAGCGCGUGCCAUCGUGGCGAUGGGUGUGUCAGGCAGUGGUAGAUAACUCGUUGCCAGCGUUAAAACAGACAGAAAGACAGGUGUGAUGCCCCAAAGAUACGUGUGGAGUGUCUAACAGAUUUAUCGGUGAUUUGGAAAAGGGAGUAAGCAGUUGAUUUCGUAAGCAGGUUUUGCAUGUCCUCAUGCAUCGCUGGGUUUUAAAUGAAGUGUUAAGGAAGGUUUGGGUGUACCGUGAGCAGCCGCCGCUGGGGAAGCAGCUAAACUGGUCAGGAGAUGGGGCAGAGGAUAACGCAGAAGUGACCGCAGAUCCAGGGCAUACUUACAGGAGUGUUUUCCUGAUCUUGGUCACCUGCGUGACCAGCAAGCAAGGCAGGAACAACUCGGGGGUCAGUGGUGGUGGGAAGCCCGUGAAGACUUAAUCUAGAAGAGAAUUUUUUUUAAAAGAUUAUUUAUAAUACGUAAGGAUGGGAGCUGAUUAGGCGAGUUGUAAGAUCUCUGUCACUAGAGGCCUUUAGGCACUGGUUGAAGAAGUGAACACCUAUCAAAGAUAAUGGAGAUACCCGUGAUACUACUUAGAGACAAGCAAGGACUGGAUGACCUCAAGGACUCACAUUUCAGUAGGAUAUAAAAAUUAUAUUUGUUUCAUUAGAAUGGGAAGAACUAAAUAUAUGCUCCCCAAAUAGAACAGUGAUCUGUUGUAAGUGGAUAAAGGUGGCUGUUUCUUCCAGACAGUCGUCAGUUUGCAGAGAUCACCACUAGAACAGGCGAGCUAAUGAAAAGUAUCCUACUAAUUUUUAUAUGAUCACGGCUCUACACACGGUCUGGUCAGAGCACAGGUCAGCCGGCACUGGAAGGGCUGGAGAGGAGCCUCAGGACCGUGAUGGGCAGCGUGUCCCCGUUCCUGCGCAGGUUUGCAGCUGCCGCGGCGUGGCCGUGUCGGGUCCGGUGGCGCCGUGUGCCGCGCGGGCCCUGCUGUGCCCAGCGGGUUCGGGGCAGCCGGGAGGAACCGGGACCUCCCCACGGGAAGGGCUUUGGCUGGGACCGUGCCUGCGGAAGCCUGGGGGGGAACACUGCACGGUGUUGGGCUGCGUGAGCUGCCCACGGAGACCCGAGGUUUGUCCUUUCCCAGCCCCGGACUCAUUGCAGGCUGACAAGUGUAGAAAAGUUCACAGGUAAUUAAGGCAAGAAAAUCAUACUAAUUCUAUAGAGGCCUUUAACAGAGAUCAGUGCCUUGCCCUUAGUUGUCGUGGUUUUAUGCAAUGUGGGCUUGUUGAACAAAUUUGAGUUGCCUGUUGAGAAAAUUCGGAUUUGCAGAUGAAUAUCGUGGCACAGAUGUAACUGAUGUGAGAUGUUUGAGUUGCUCUUCUGUUUUCUAAAAAAGAAAUACUGUAGGAAUACAAAAAGAGUGACAGUGAACAAUUUAACGCAGUGUCUGCAGUGACGGAGCGGCAGGACACGCGCCGUACAGGGACAAGGCAGCACCUGGCGCUGCUUCACCCAGACACCGAGUUCUUCACACCGACUCCAUUCCGUGCGCUGGAGCUCAGCGGUGGAUGUGAUCGGGUCUGUGAGCUCAAAGGCAGUCUAUAGGGUUUGGUGGCUUCAGUCCCAAAGAUUUAUGUUUUAGUCUAUAGGGUUUGGUGGCUUCAGUCCCAAAGAUUUAUGUUUUAGUCUAUAGGGUCUGGUGGUUUCAACCCCAAAGAUUUUUUAUCUUCCUUGGGUGCAUCCAAGUGCUCGUUUGAGGUUUGUCUGAUUUUCUGAGCCGUGAAUGGACAUGCAUGACACAGAAAAGUGAUCACUGCACUUUGUCUCAAGUUACAGUUCCCAGUUCAGGAAAUGGAUGUUUUCUAAAUUGAAGAUUUUUGGAUGGUCAUGGACAUUAUAUGAAAAUGGGCGAGAGCUUUUGGGAAGUGGAGGAAGGUGAAUAUGGCAGACGAGCACGAAGAAUUGCAAGGCUGAUGUUUCUGCUUACUAAAUCUAGAAGAUUAAUAGACGUUAGAAAAUGAACUCGUAUGAGGUGACGUCUGUAGCGAGAGCAGAGGAGCUGUCUGCAGCUUUCUUGUACUUCUAGGAGUCCAUUUUGAAGCAGCACAUGCAGUGGGACACUGUUUGUGCGGUCAGAAACCCGUUGCCAUCAGACAAUAUCAGUCUGCUCUCGAUUUCUUAACUGUUCCAGGUACUUCCAGUGGCACGUUCUUACCCUCAGACAGCAUCUGGCGUCUCCUCUGCCUUAUGUUGGUGCCUUAUAGAAAUCGGUAGCUGCUGUAAUGCACUAACACGAUAUGUUGUCUAGCCAAGGUAGCUCUGUUUUCAGUUUUAAAACAUGCUGUUCGUAUUCUUGGUAACUGUUGUUCCCGAUCCCCGUGGGUUCCUGUGUUCUCAUACCCCAUGGGUUCCUGUGUUCCCGAUCCCCGCAGGUUCCCGUGUUCUCAGACCCCGCGGGUCCCUGCGUUCCCGAUCCCCGUGGGUCCCUGUGUCCGUGGGCUGGUGGCUGCUCACUGUUGCCAUGGGGGUGCCAGUGGUGCCGAGACGGACGCUGUGUCCCUCAGAACAGGACGCCGUGGGUGCCGCUCGCUGCUGGGCUGCGUUGCAGUGACUCCCUGCUCAGUCCCUUUCUCGACCUGGGAUGCCAUCAGGAGCCCGAAUGCCCCACCAAGGGGCUCCCAUGGGUCCCCCGGGCCCCCCGUACGUCGGGAGCCCGUCAGUGCGGCCGGGGCUGCCCCAGGCCGUGAUGGAGCCCACGAGGAAGCGCGCGGCCCCGCAGCAGGUGCAGCAGCAGCAGGUGCAGCAGCAGGUGCAGCAGCAGCAGCAGGCGACGCAGAACCGCACCAGGAGAUCCGGGAGCUGGUUCCUGAGUCCCAGGCCUACAUGGACCUGUUGGCCUUUGAACGCAAGCUGGACCAGACCAUCAUGCGGAAGCGUGUGGAUAUUCAGGAGGCGCUGAAGAGGCCAAUGAAGCAAAAGCGGAAACUGAGACUUUACAUCUCCAACACGUUUAAUCCCGCCAAGUCCGAUGCUGACGACUCUGAUGGCAGCAUUGCUUCCUGGGAGCUGCGAGUGGAGGGGAAGCUUUUGGAUGACCUCAGCAAGCAGAAACGGAAGUUUUCGUCUUUUUUUAAGAGUUUGGUUAUUGAACUGGACAAAGAUCUUUAUGGACCUGACAACCACCUCGUGGAGUGGCACAGAACUCCCACAACCCAGGAGACCGACGGCUUCCAGGUGAAAAGACCUGGCGAUGUCAGCGUGCGGUGCACGUUGCUCCUCAUGUUGGACUACCAGCCUCCGCAGUUUAAACUGGACCCGCGAUUAGCCCGGCUGCUGGGGAUACACACCCAGACCCGAUCCGCCAUCAUCCAGGCGCUCUGGCAGUACAUCAAAACGAACAAGCUGCAGGACUCCCACGACAAGGAAUACAUCAACUGCGACAAGUACUUCCAGCAGAUCUUCGACUGCCCACGGCUAAAGUUUUCUGAGAUUCCUCAGAGACUCACUAACCUGCUGCUGCCACCAGACCCCAUCGUGAUAAACCACAUCAUCAGUGUUGACCCCAACGAUCAGAAGAAGACGGCUUGUUAUGACAUAGAUGUAGAAGUUGAAGACCCACUGAAGGGACAGAUGAGUAGUUUUCUUCUCUCAACAGCUAACCAACAGGAGAUUACAGCAUUGGACAACAAGAUUCAUGAGACAAUUGAAUCCAUAAAUCAGUUAAAAAUACAACGUGAUUUCAUGCUGAGUUUCUCCAAAGAUCCCAAAGGAUACAUCCAAGACCUUCUCCGGUCCCAAAGUAGGGAUCUUAAGGUGAUGACUGAUGUAGUUGGAAACCCAGAGGAAGAACGCAGAGCUGAAUUUUAUCAUGAGCCAUGGUCUCAAGAGGCUGUGAGCAGAUAUUUUUACUGCAAGAUCCAGCAGCGCCGGCAGGAACUGGAACAGUCUCUGGGAGUGCGCAACACAUAAGUACUGCUCACAGGAUCCCGCUGGCAUCACAACCGCCAAACCAGUGGACUCGUCAGUGUUCCUUAGCUCACUGUUACACAUGGACCUGCUUCCUGGCUGGAUGAGAAUGUACCAUCAACACACCAGUCAGAACACCAGCUUUAGAGUGACCCUUGAAAAUCUUGCCAAUGGGGGGUGUCUCAAACCAUUUCAGGCCAGGGAAACCACCACACAAGUGUCAGUGUUAAAGAAGAUUGAAGGUUCAUUCAUCGACGCACAUCAUUGAGUUGUAGUGCAAAGUUCAGACACCACGCAGCAAAUCCUAAUGGGCUGUGCACAGAAUCGUGGGUGGCAUUGGUGGGGCAGCUGAGAUGGGUGUUGUAGGAGACAACAGAUUUAGAGAAAUAAACGCAGUUCACGUCCGAUGUUA